AUGCGUUGUCAAUGUUUAGCUGAAUCUGGUUACGUUGUAUUAUGUUUAGAUAAUCGUGGUAGUGCAAAUCGAGGUGUUGCAUUUGAAAGUUUUAUUAAACAUGAUAUGGGACAUUUAGAACUUGAUGAUCAACUCGAUGGUGUACUUCAUCUUAUCAAACAAGGUAUUGCUGAUGAAAUACGUGUUGGUAUAUAUGGUUGGUCUUAUGGUGGAUCGAUGUCUGCUAUGGCAUUAGUUCGUACAAAUAAUAUUUUUAAAUUAGGUAUUGUAGGUGCACCAGUGACACAUUGGGAUGGAUAA